AUGGACCCUGCAUAUGACACCUGCUGGAAGAUCUGGCUGGCUUAUCAAGAGCGCAUGUGUCCGUUUCUCCCGGACAUCGGCCAUAUUUCCCCCAAGCUUGAAUUUCUGGAGCUUCUAGCUGCAGCUGGCCAUAGCUAUAUUGUCAAGGUCCGAUUCGAUGGCAAUAUCUUUGCCCUGAAGCUGUAUACGCUUACACAACCACACUGGUCGCCUUCACGAUUCGUGAUAAAUGCAUUAGAAAUGGAUCCUUUUAUCAUCGAAUGCCGUGUGUACGACAGUCUAAUCGAGAACAAUCUGACUGGAGUGGUCGGACCCUACUGCCACGGAUGGCUGACCAUCGAUCGAGACCAAGAAGACGGGCUACAAAUAGCCUUACGAAAGACCCUAAACUGGCGUCGGAGGUCAGACACAGAUGACAGUCCCAUUUGUGGACUACUGUUGGAAUACGUCCACGGGUGUACACUCGAGAAGGCCUACAUCACGCCUGCUGGGACUCAAAGCCUGCGAGAGCAAUUGGGAUAUCUGCAUUCCCUGGAUAUUAUUCAUGGGGACUUGUUUCCCCGGAAUGUCAUGGUAUCUGAGGAUGGCCGGGCCUUCCUCGUUGAUUUCAGCUCUGCCUGUUUGUGGCCUACUAAUCGCGCUAUUGUUCGCAAAAGAGAAACUUUCGACGAAUACAAAGAAGAUGAGAAAUCUAUCCUCGAAUUAUUCUUUUUCAGGCUUCAGAAUGUAAGCUUUCCCUUCCCUCGUUUGUUCUUCCUUACAUCUCACUGCAAAACAGUUAAAACGCCAUAG